AGUGCAAUUUCAUCUUAAAAUACUUUUUAGUCAAUACUCAAUACCACUAUAUUUCACCUAUAAAAGGCUAUAAAUACCAUUAACAAUUACUCAUCCCUUCCAUUCCUGAUACCAAAUUCCUCAAACCUAUAUUCUUUAGCAAACCACUUGAAGCAAGAGAUGUUUCACUCCAAAGAUCUGAGUCUGAUUCCCAUGAAGUCCUUUGCAGGAACUUCAUGUGGGGUUAACAGGCCAAUCUACACGGUCAAAUCAUCAAUCAAGGGUCGAGAUCAAACUACUACAUCAGUAACUAGUAGACCCUUAUUUUUUACCAUGAAGUGGCAUGGUUUUUCAUGCAGCAAGAGCACUGGGUUGACGAGAUCUCGAUCACUGAGUGUCACUUCAACAGCUGAGAAGAAGGGCCAAACUCCAUCACGAGGAGUCCCAGUGUCCAAAGGAGCCAAAUCCUCACACAACAUCUUGGAGGUUUUCAAUGAGAGCAAGAACUCGAAGGUCAAAGGGACUGUGGUGUUGAUGAAGAAGAACGUUUUGGACUUCAACGACUUUCAUGCUUCGUUCCUUGAUCGUCUGCAUGAAUUUUUAGGCCAAAAGGUCUCUCUGCAGCUCAUGAGUGCUGUCAAUGGUGACCCAGAAAACGGGUUGCAAGGAAAACUUGGAGAGCCAGCAUAUUUGGAAGAUUGGAUUACUACAAUCACCCCCUUAACCGCAGGCGAGUCUGCUUUCAAGGUUACCUUUGAUUGGGACAAUGAGAUGGAAGUUCCGGGGGCAAUUUUGAUAAGAAAUAAUCAUCAUAGUGAGUUCUACCUCAAUAGUAUCACACUUGAAGAUGUUCCAGGACAAGGUCGGAUCCAUUUUCCUUGCAAUUCAUGGGUUUACCCUGCAGACAAAUACAAGAAAGACCGCAUUUUCUUCUCUAACAAGACAUAUCUUCCAAGUGAAACUCCAACACCACUGCGCAAGUACAGAGAUGAAGAACUUGUAAAUUUGAGAGGAGAUGGAAAGGGAGAGCUAAAAGAAUGGGACAGAGUCUAUGACUAUGCUUACUACAAUGAUUUGGGGAAUCCUGAUAAGGGUCCAGAACAUGUACGUCCAGUUCUUGGAGGAUCUAGUGAGUACCCCUAUCCACGCAGGGGAAGAACUGGGCGACCACUGACCGAGACUGAUCGUAACACUGAGAGUAGGCUGAACCCUCUUCUUAGCAUAAACAUCUAUGUCCCCAGAGAUGAAAGAUUUGGACACUUGAAGAUGUCAGACUUCGUUGCUUAUGCACUGAAAGGCAUUGCUCAGUUCCUUAAACCUGAGCUAGAAGAUGCAUUUAGUAACAAUGAGUUUGAAAGCUUAGAAGAUAUACUCAAGCUCUAUGAAGGAGGAAUCAAGGUGCCCAGUGGUUUACUUGAGAAUAUUAGGAAGAACAUCCCUGCAGAGAUGCUGAAGGAAAUCUUCCGAACCGAUGGUGAAGAACUCCUUAAAUAUCCAGUGCCUCAAGUGAUUAAAGAGGAUAGCUCUGCUUGGAAGACUGAUGAAGAAUUUGCAAGAGAAAUGCUGGCUGGAGUAAACCCUGUCACCAUCUGUCGUCUCCAAGAAUUCCCCCCAACAAGCAAGUUGGAUAGUAAAGUAUAUGGUUAUCAAACCAGUGCCAUAACCAAAGAGCACAUCGAGAAAUACUUAAAUGGGCUCUCCAUAGAUGAGGCAAUCAAGAGCAACAAGCUAUUCAUACUAGAUCAUCAUGAUACACUAAUGCCAUACCUGAGUAGGAUAAACAAGACUUCCACAAAGAUCUACGCCAGCAGGACAAUCCUUUUUUUGAAUGAGGAUGGGACUUUGAAGCCAUUAGCAAUUGAAUUGAGCUUGCCCCAUCCUGAUGGAGACCAGUUUGGAGCCAUUAGCAAAGUAUAUACCCCAGCUGAAGAAGGUGUCCAAAAUUUCAUUUGGCAACUGGCUAAAUCUUAUGUCGUUGUGAAUGACUCCGGUUAUCACCAGCUCAUGAGUCACUGGCUAAAUACCCAUGCAGCAAUUGAGCCAUUUGUGAUAGCAACCAAUAGGCAGUUGAGCGUGCUUCACCCAAUUUAUAAACUGUUACAUCCUCACUUCCGUGACACCAUGAAUGUAAAUGCAUUGGCCCGACAGGUCCUCAUUAAUGCUAAUGGUGCCCUGGAGUCAACAGUAUUUCCAAGAAAGUAUUCCAUGGAGAUGUCAUCAAAAGUUUAUAAAAACUGGGUUUUUCCUGAACAAGCACUCCCUGCCGAUCUCAUCAAGAGAGGAAUGGCAGUUAAGGAUGUGAAUUCCCCACAUGGUCUGCGCCUACUGAUAGAGGAUUACCCUUAUGCUGUUGAUGGGCUGGAAAUCUGGUCAGCAAUCAAAACAUGGGUUGAAGACUACUGCUCCUUCUAUUACAAGACUGAUGACAUGGUCCAAGAUGACUCUGAACUCCAGUCCUGGUGGAAGGAACUGAGAGAGGAGGGUCAUGGUGACAAAAAAGAAGAGCCCUGGUGGCCUAAAAUGCAGACUCGAGAAGAGCUAAUUGAAACAUGCACUACUAUCAUAUGGAUUGCUUCAGCCCUCCAUGCAGCUAUCAACUUUGGACAGUACCCUUAUGGAGGUUACCCCCCAAACCGCCCAGCAAUGAGCCGUCACUUCAUGCCGGAAGAAGGCACUUCUGACUAUGAGGAGCUUAAGUCUCACCCUGAAAAAGCUCUCCUGAAAAUAUUUACUUCCCAGUUUGAGUCUGUUCUCGGCAUUUCCCUUGUAGAAAUCUUGUCAAGGCACUCAUCUGAUGAGAUUUUUCUUGGACAAAGAGACAGUCUUGACUGGACCUCAGACACAGAACCAAUGGAAGCCUUUAAAAGAUUUGGAAAGAACCUGAAAGAAGUUGAGGAUAGAAUAACAAAGAGGAACAAGGAUGAGAAAUUAAAGAACCGUGUUGGUCCAGUGAAGAUGCCAUACACUUUGCUCUGUCCUACCAGUGAAGAAGGACUUACUUUCAAGGGAAUUCCCAACAGCGUCUCAAUCUAAAGCUUUUAGCUUUCCUAUGUAGAGUGUUAUGUUGUAGUAGCAAUAAUUUCCAAUAUAGUAGUAUUAUCAUUAUUCUUUACUUGUAUUAGUUUACCAGAAAACAUAUAUAAGUAUAAAUCCACAUUUUCUUCAA